AUGGAUCAUCUACUAUCUACCAAGUCCGCAUUGCAACAGGCACUGGCUGGGGCCAAAUCCGCUAUAGCGGGCCUCUCGACUGCGCCUGGGGAAGGCAAAGGCCCCAAAGAGGGCAGCGAACCUCCAGCUCACUCGGAGUCUUCCAACGGACUCAGUGACAGUCAGAUCCAACAUCGACCAUCCAAGGCAUCAGUCAACAUUGAUCGAGAAGACGCCCCUGCCGAUGAAAGCCUUGACCCCAGAUACCAACCGGAUAAAUGGAUUCGUCCAAAGCCUUGGCGUUCUUAUUGUGUUUCGUGUGGUCUUCUCUUUCGGGCCGCAGGGUUGACAGGGGACGAUGAAGCAGUAAAAUACCCAAUGUUCGUCCUUCGGCACCACAACGCUAGCGAAUGCGUUGCCGGCGAGCCCUGUGAAGCUGGUCACUGGACGCUCUUCCAUGACUGUGUUGCCCCAGGUGUGGAAGGAUGCGUUGAUUUGCAGCUGUUAUGCACUCGUACAAAACUCUUUAAGAAGCAAAUGGGUUACUGUACUUGCAGGGACUUUAGUGAAGAUGAUGAUUCAAUCACCAUGACACCACGUAAGCUCUUCAAUGACCUUCUGCCAGAUUUCAGAAGUGUCAAAAGUGCAGGCUACCAAGUGGUAGUCUUUCGACUUGUUGAAAGCUGGGAGAAUGAGGAUUUCGAUCGUUGGGCAUAUGCUGGAGUGUGGAUGGACAUCCAUGGAUGCCUGGUUGGAGAUAGGGAUGAACUUGCUCGGCUGCGAGGCAUGACGUGUGCGAUCGUCUAUCAUAUCAGGCCACCGACAGAUGCACAUGAACUUGAUUCUGGAUAUAAAUAG